AUGUUGAGACGUGAACGAACAUUUACUCAAUUUUUCGACAAUUAUCGACCAACAACACCAGCUGCAAAUGAAAAAAGCGAUGGUAUAAUUCUUCGACUAAAAAAAACCUGUCAUUUAAAACCAUUACUAGAUGUGACUCAAUCAGCAAAUGAACAAAAUAAUUCAGAAGUAUCAUCGUCUAUCGUUUUAAAACGGGUUUGCGCUGUUUGCUUCAAAUCAAAAAUGAUGAAUAAAUAUCAACAAAAAUUUAGUAGUAAUUGUUCACAUGUUGAAAGAACAGUGUGUGAUAGAUGUUUAUACGAUAACAUCAAAGCUAUUUUAUUGUCAAAUAAUUCUCAUAUAAAUAGUACUGAAAUAGUCAAAUGUCCCGAACCCGACUGUUCAACAAUAUUCGAUUAUCGAUCGAUAAAACAAAUAUUAAUAUCAAAACAAGAUUUUGAACUGUGUGAACAAUAUGGAAAAGAAUUGGUGGAACAUAAAAUUGAAACAUUAAAAGGGCACAUAUAUUGUGCACAUUCUAAAUGUGGCGCAGCACAACAAAAAACAGAAACAGGAAAUAUUGUCACAUGUUUCAAAUGUAAGAAGAAAACGUGUUCCUAUCAUCGAGUACCAUGGCAUCAGGGUAUGACAUGUCGAGAAUAUGAUGAAGAAACGCGCGAUGAUGGACAUCACAAAUUGAGAAAAUGGUUGGAAAAAAAUUCAAAAGAAUGUCCCGGACCCGGUUGUCAUUAUCAUAUUGAAAAGAAUGAUGGAUGUGAUCAUAUGACGUGUCUGAAAUGUAAACAUGAAUUUUGUUAUGUUUGUCUAGCUGACUGGAAACGAAUUGUCAGCGAAGGAGAGAAAUAUCACAAAAUGGACUGUCCGUACUAUAAUGAUGAAACUAAUGAGGACUGA